CGUAACCGAGUUGUGUGUUAUUUGAGUCUCACACUGCAUGAGACCGAGUGCACUUCAGUACAAACUUUGCUCUUGCCAGUGCUCCAGGUUUUAGUCCAUUAUGUCUGAAUCCACACUGUAUCCUGAGUUUAGACCUGGCGAAUCACGGUUUGAUCAGGGGUCCUUUUAUGGAAGAUUAAGACAUUUCCUGGAUGUGAUUGACCCUCGCACUCUCUUUGUGUCAGAAAGACAUCUAAAUGAAUGUGUGAAACUCUUAGAACACUUUAAAGAUGGCACUCUACCCUCAGUUGUAACAAAUGCCCAGCUUUGGGAGGCUCAGAAGAUAAAACAGGCCAUCAUCCAUCCAGACACCGGAGAGAAGAUCCCCAUGCCCUUUCGCAUGUCAGGUUAUAUCCCCUUCGGUACACCAGUGGUCGUGGGUCUCCUUCUUCCCAAUCAGACCUUGGCCUCUACUAUAUUCUGGCAGUGGUUGAACCAGAGCCAUAAUGCUUGCGUGAAUUACUGCAAUCGCAACGCAUCUAAGGUGCAGUAUAAGAAGACCAGUCUCCUCCAGGGUGCAGUAGAUAUGUCUACAGGGAUGUCAAAAUUCUUCCAGGGGUACCUGGGAGCAGUCACCAGUGCAGUUACCAUUGCUGUGGGACUGAAUGUUCUGAUUCAGAGAGCUGAGCGUUUUAUCCCAGCCACACGACUUCUGGUACAAAGAUUCAUCCCCUUUCCUGCUGUUGCAAGUGCCAAUGUGUGCAAUGUGUUGCUGAUGCGCCACAGUGAGCUGUCUGAAGGCAUCAGUGUGCUGGAUGAGCAUGGCAACGUUGUGGCCACGUCUAAGCUGGCAGCCAGACGCGCUGUGCUGGAGACAGCUGUGACUCGAGUAGUCCUCCCCAUGCCUAUCCUGGUGUUGCCACCCAUGCUCAUGGCCAUGCUAGAGAGCAAAAUCUGAGCUGUUCUAUGUGAUACUGCCAGUCCGCUCACCCUCACUGGCUUUCAAUAGAGCGCGAACAUGAGAGAAGAAGGGUCAGCAUAACAUGGGGUUUUGAAAGAGAAGAGUGUUUGAUGGAUUAGCCUGCUGAAAGAAGUCUGUGAGUUACAUGUGUGUGGUGGUUGAACCUUUAACAUACAUUUCUACCUGCAGGUCUCUCAAUGUCUUCCAAUUCCAUUAACUGCUAGCAUUCAUGUGCUCGUCUCCUCUUCUCUCAGCCAUUCUCUGGCCAAAUUAAGAGUGACUGAUGAUCAUGAUGAUAUAUCUUAAGCAGCUGAUGGACAUGAUUAAAGAUCUCUGAUAUAUUAUACUUUUCAUGCCCCCCUUUCUCUCCCUCCUGAUAUAUAUACACACAUAUACUUUGCACACAUGUAGAGCGCCUGGUCGUGUCUGUUGGCCAAUUAAAGCUCAUCACGGGUAUGUGUUGAUGAAGUCGUCAUUAAGCAGCCGUUGCCUUCAUUAAACCAGGACUGCUAUGGAGGACUCCUGCUGUGCACGCUAUCCCACAAGCCCCCAUGCGGCCGAGAGUGAGGGCUGGGGGAGGUGUCAGAAUAGAGUGAUCUCACACCACACAUAGGAAGUGUCAGAGAAAGAGGGAUUUUAAUGAUGAUUACAGGAAUGCCCAUGAUGCCGAGAGUUUUCAUUUUGUUGUGGAAUUGUGUGUGUAUGUGUGUGUGUUUGUA